AUGUCUGCGCCCGGAUUCUGCCCCGACUGCUUCACGGGGACAUUGAGGGGCGACGCCGUACUCACUGGCACUGUAGAGCAGAUUCACGGCCUCCCAGUCUAUGUUGCAAGACCGGGAGGCGGCGUCGAGCCGAAAGGUCUAGUUGUGAUCAUCUCAGAUGGCUUUGGCUGGGAGCUGAAAAACACACGAGCGCUGGCCGAUAACUACGCCAAGCGAGCCGAGCUUUUGGUAUAUCUACCAGACUUCAUGAAUGGCUGCGCGCCUGAUGUACGCCUCUUAUCGGCAGGAGAUGGUCUCAUGGGCCCAUCACCUAGCUGGUUUACGACUCUGGUCAUGAAGCCAUACUGGGCGUUGCGACUCUCGGUCGCCAUCAUACCAUGGUUGUUCUGGACGCGCGAAAGUGCAACAAGACCCCGUCUCACCAAGUUCUUCCAGGAUCUCCGAUCGAACCCUGCUCCUUUCGAGACCCAACGCCUCAAGAUAGGCGUGGCUGGUUUCUGCUGGGGUGGCAACCAUACCAUCUUUCUCGCCAGGGAUGAACCUCAUACCCGAGUAUCGUCUUCGGGCUCGGGAGAGACGCUGCCUCUCGUUGAUUGCGGCUUCACGGCGCACCCUUCGUUCGUCACCGUCCCAAAGGAUAUCGAGGGGAUCCGGCGUCCCAUAAGUAUUGCCAACGGCCCAGAUGACCAGUUUUUGGGCCGUGAAAACAUGGCGGUGUUGAAGCGAAUCCUGGAGGCGAAGGAGGACAACGCCCACGAAGUCGUGGUGUACGAUGGUGCCAAACACGGCUUCGCCAUCAGAGGAGAUCCAAAUGAUCCGAAACAAGCCGAGCUCGGUGCACAGGCCGAAAACCAAGCGGUCAACUGGUUCAAGAAGCAGUUGCACUGA